AGGAGAUGACCAGAGACUGCGGACAUAGUACAGGGGAUGACCAGAGACUGCGGACAUAGUACAGGAGAUGACCAGAGACUGCAGACAUAGUACAGGAGAUGAGCAGAGACUUCGGACAUAGUACAGGAGAUGACCAGAGACUGCGGACAUAGUACAGGAGAUGAGCAGAGACUGCGGACACAGUACAGGAGAUGAGCAGAGACUGCGGACUUAGUACAGGGGAUGACCAGAGACUGCAGACAGUACAGGAGAUGACCAGAGACUGCAGACGUAGCACAGGAGAUGACCAGAGACUGAGGACAGUACAGGAGAUGACCAGAGACUGCGGACAUACUACAGGAGAUGACCAGAGACUGCGGACACAGUACAGGAGAUGACCAGAGACUGCGGACACAGUACAGGAGAUGACCAGAGACUGCGGACACAGUACAGGAGAUGACCAGAGACUGCGGACACAGUGCAGG